GUUCCAUCGUCGAUUAUUGAAUCAAGUGGAGAAAACAUGAAUCAUCAUCAGUGAGGGCAUAAAGUUGCUGGUUGCUUCAUCGAAUGUCGAUUUGACUUUCAGCGCUGUCUCUGCUAUUACGAGUUAAACAUCCAUCAGUCGCUCGGUUGCUGGGCCACUAGUGAUUAAACAAAGGUUUGUUUGCCUUUCUAACACACAUUGCGCUUAGUUCAACUUCAAGGCAACAUUUUAGUUAAAGAUGGCUGACAACGGAGUACAUCUGACAGAAGAGGACCCGGCCGCCGCGUUUUUAGCCCAGCAGGAGAGUGAGAUCGCGGGUAUAGAGAACGACGACGAAGGUUUUGGGGUGCUGGACGAGGUGGAAAGCCAAGAAGAGCCCCCGGUGCCACCGACGAGCAACUACGACCCUUUUGGAGAGGAACCCGCGACAGUGAACGGAGAUCUGUAUCAGGAGUCAAACGGUCCCACGGACAACUACGCAGCCAUCGCACAGGUGGAUAUUCAGAGGCAAGAGCCAGAAAGUCUACGCAAGUGGCGGGAGGAACAGAAAGCACGCCUCGAAGCUUUAGACUCAGCAUCCAAGGAGGCAGAAGCAGAGUGGAGAGAGAAGGCCAAGAAAGAGCUGGAAGACUGGCACGUGCACCAAAGCGAGCAGAUGGAGAAGAACAAGACCAACAACAGAGCAUCGGAGGAGGCUCUCCUGGCCGAGAGCGAGGGUGAUGGCCCCGCAUCAGCAUGGGAGCGCGUGGCCCACCUGUGCGACUUCAACCCCAAGACCAACAAGCAGGCAAAGGACGUGUCUCGGAUGCGCUCAGUACUCAUCUCGCUCAAACAGAGCCCUCUUGUCCGCUAGUAGGCUCUUAUCGCUCGCACAACUUUUACUUUUUCACUUGUCACACCACAAAAUGUUUGUAAACCUCUUUUUGCAGAAAACUCCCAUGACACAGGAUAGAACCUUACCACUUUUCUUGAUGCCUACAUGUUUGAACUCUCACACUUGUGGGAACAUGAACCGUUCAAUUGUUAAUUUGUUUGAUCAGGACAUUGUUACAGUAGGUUAGCCAUUUAAGUUAAGCUUUUUAAGUUAUGAUUAUUUUUUUGACAUUUUUAACGCAUGCCUCUGCCAACAUUUUGAGUGUGCAUAUAUAUAUAUAUGCACACAUGUAGAUUGUAACCACAUAUGCCUGAGUAAUGUAGAAUCAACAACUUCAGAAUGAUUGUUUUAAGCCAAUACGGUUUAGAUGUCAUCUUUGACACUGAAAAGCAUUUCUAAGCAGCAACAAAUAUAAUCCCCAACCAAGAAACGUUACUGCAUCCAAAUGGAGAAUUUGAAGGCUUCAGUUGCUUUCUCAUUUCACCCACAUUUUAUAUACUGCAAUCGACUGUCACUUAAACAUUAUUUCACAUGUUGCCUAUUUGGAUAUGAUGAAACCCAAGGAAAGAGAAUGUUUAGAAUUGGUCAAUAAAAAAAAUGAAUCACUUGUA